GUGUGUGUGUGUGUGUGUGUGUGCGCGUGUGAGAGAGCAAAUGGGAGGGUAAAAAGGGUGUUUGCCCUGCUAAAUCUGCCCCCAGCGGGAGCCCCUUCGUCCUCCCCUUGUUGUCAUGCACAGGCGCUCUCCCUUUGGCACAAAGUAGGCUGGCAACACAAGGGCCAUGUGUUUUAGCUCCACGCUUUGAGGGACUCAAAAAAAAAAAAAACUUUUCAGAACUGUGUCUGAGAAACGUCGAGUAAACAGACAGAGAGAAAAAGAGAGAGAGGGAGAGAGAGAGAAAAAAGAGGAGGAGAGUGGGGGUGAAAGUGAGUGUAAGGGAGAGAGAAAUGGGGAACAGAAGGAGCUGCAGACAAAUAGAAGCUGUGUUGCAUGUGGUGGUUUGAUCUCAGUCCCUGAAGGACACCUUUGUUGGACAAUAUUUUGGGGGUGAUUCUGCAAGAGACUCAACAACAGAGGCUGUAAUCCUCACUGGUUGUUUCCCCGAUCUUGUCCAAAGUUAUUCACCACUUGUUUCAGAGAUGCAGUGUGAGGAGAUGUCAGCCAGAGAGGAGUUCACCUACAGCCACAUGCCCACUCUGGAAAGAGGCAGCGGGACACUAGGACGACGGGGCGACAGGGGAGCGGAAAGAAGGCCAGAGAGGGGGGAGCGGGAUAGACUCGAGCGGGACAGCUACACGGUGGACGUGAGGGCCAGUGACCUGCAGCUGGCCCAGCCGGAGCCUCUAAAGCACCCCUGCUUCAGCUACAGGGCCUGGCUCUACAGUGUCCUCAUAGGGGGCAGUCUGCUCAUCACAUCUGGUUUCUCUCUGUACCUGGGAAAUGUGUUUCCUGUUGCCAUGGACUACCUGCGCUGCGCUGCAGGCUCUGGUCUCCCUGCAGCCAUUGCUAGUUUUGCCAUUGCCAAGAACAGACAUGUUGCAGUGUCAGAUUUCCAGGUGGUUUAUGUGUCAACAUUUGCUGUAACAACCACCUGCCUGGUUUGGUUUGGUUGUAAACUGGUCCUGAACCCCUCUGCUGUCAAUAUCAACUUUAACCUCAUCUUGAUGAUUUUGCUGGAGGUUUUGAUGGCUAGUACUGUCAUCCUGUCAGCCCGCUCUGCAGAGGACUGCUGCUGCCACAGGAAGUCAGGGACAUAUGACAGACCUGUGGUUAUAACGCCUGCAGUGUUCCCCACUCGACUCCUUAAGGCAUAUUCUGUGAUCGAAGUUAUCGUGGGAAUCUCUGCUGUAUUUGGAGGUAUUAUUGCCCUCAACAUGGAUGCUUUGCUACCAGGUCCCUACUUGUCUGUUACAUUUUUCUGGAUCCUUGUGGCUUGUUUCCCCAGUGCUAUUGCGAGCCAUGUUGUGUCAGAAUACCCCAAUAAAUGCCUGGUGGAGGUGCUGAUUGCCAUCAGCAGUGUGACGUCUCCGCUGCUCUUUUCAGCCUCAGGCUUCCUCUCUUGUAGUGUGAUCAGCUUUAUUGAAAUUUUUCUGCAUGAUGUACCUACAGCCAAGCAAUCCUAUGACAUCCUGCUGCUGAUUCUGAUGGUGCUGCUGCUGGUGCAGGCAGUUCUAACUUCAGCCACUGUGGUGCACUGUGCCUCCUACAAGAGUCAGCUCCGCAUGGGGGCUCCAGAGUGUGAAGACAGCAUGACCCAUUACUGUGAGGUGAGGCAGCAGCAAGCAUCCAACACAGGAACGCAGGAUUUUGACAAAGACAGAGCCUGGAAGGCAGUUGUGGUCCAAAUGGCCCAAUGAACAGUCCUGCAGUACAUGGUGAAGUUUGAUGAGAAGUGGAAAAAACAGGAAUACAACAAAUUCUGCAAGCUGCAUGCACAAGAGUACAAUCCCGAAGAAGAAGAAAAGAGGAAAAGCUGUAAAGAUGUAUUCAGAGAAAAGAAGAGAGGGGGGAGAAAGGAUGAAAGAUGAGAGAGAAACCAGAGUGAGAAGAUUUGAAAGAAUACAAAACAGAGAAUAGGAUGUGUUUUUUGUUUUUGGUGAAGAUAUUUGCAUAGAUAAUGCUCUGGGCACUUUGCUUUCAUGUCUGUUCUCUGGGUUUUUAUAACUGUUGCCUGCUUACUGUGGUGAGGAGUGCCAGUGUUUGGACUGGGAAUUGAACCUUUCUCUGUUCUUUAAUAAGCACAAGAGUUUUUUUUUCAGCUUUGCUCUAUACAGUGAAUGCAUACACUUGAAUUCAUUCUGGAAUUUAAUGGAUGCAGUUUUGUCAGUAAAAUGAUGUCAAUGCAUGUCAGUAUGUUCAACUCAGUGCAUGUUACCAUUUAAGUUCCUUUGCAUUUUUGUACAUUUUUAUGCUGUAUCUCUGCAAAGAUGCAUUUUUGCUGUUUUCUUUCUUUACACGUGUGGUGCCUUAUCAGCUGCCACAGGGUCAGUGUAAUUUAAGGUAUCAACCUGUCAUGGCCUGGUGACAUUUUGAAACAACCACAGUUAUAGGUCAGCUUUGCACAGAUGCACAAGCUCCUUAAACAACUUGUGAAAUGUGUUCAAGUAGCAGAAUCUACUCUCUGCCGUUUUUCUUUCCAAAUAGUGAACUAUGACUUAGUGCUUGGAUGACUGUAAGUUGUAUUUUGUUCAGCAAUAGGCCUCUUUGUGUUUUCUGGUGUGCAGCCACGUGGCAGCAGCUGCAAGACAACUGAUCCAUUACAGCAGAAAUAUAACAUUAACUCAUGUAAAGAGUCUUAACUGAAGAUUUUACAUUUUUGUCAUCAACUGCAUGUAGAGGUGUGUGUAUGGUGUUUCUUUUUUUCUUGCUGUUUAAUGCUACUUGCUUGAUUAAACAUCACUGAAACACUGAA